CAAACGACCAGGACAAAGUUCGAUAACUUCUCAUGAAGGGGACAUCGAAAUGUGUUUUUUUGCGACUAGCUUGUGAAGGAUCCGGACGCAGUGGGCGCUGUUUUGAUCUGCACUUUGCGAAACCAGAGAGGAAGUUGUGUAGAAAUACUGUAGCUAAUUGGUGGUUGUAGCGACAAUCCUCAGCGAUGCCGAACCUCAUGAGCAUGGAAGAUUUGUUUUAUGGUGUUCCAGAGCCAACCUGGAUUCUGCCAACACGUGAUGCAACGCCGCCGCGGUAUCUUCACAAAGAGCGGGAGUUCUUAGAGCCUCCUCGAAGGCCGUACAAACCAGAGCCGCCUCGCCCCGUCGUUCACUAUAAUCCGCGCGCACCUGUGCAACACGACAUCCGGCCUAUCGAGCGGCUCGCUCGCGUGCACACGGUGCCCGAGCCCGUGCCGGUCGCCACGCAAGAAGAGAUUCGCAAAGUCGUGGAAGUGCCAACUGCGGUCCCUAUCACAGCACCAGUUCCAACUGUUGAACCGCAUCCUCCCGUUGUCACGAAGGAAAUAAUUCCACCGAUUCAUCGGCCCCUCAUCCAUCACCCAAUCGAACUAAGGGUGCCGAUGUGCUGCGAGAAAUGCAUCAAGAAGGUGAGGGACAGGCUUGAGGAUUUGGAAGGUGUAGAGAACGUCGUCACUGAUCAGUACAACCAAAAGGUAGUCGUCUACGGGCACGUCGACCCGGCUCGCGUUCUCAACCGCGUAAAACUCGUCAAGAAGCGAUCUGAAUACUGGGACAUGACCGUGGAUUACAGCGACGAGUAUCGCCGUGCUCGCCAAGCACAAGCCGAAGCCACGAGAGCCGAAGCAGUGAGAGCCGAAACCGCGAGGGCCGAGGCGAUCAAAGCACAAACACAUGCCAAGGCUCUGGUUGCGCCAACCUCAGUCUCCGAGCCUCCAAGAGUGAUGGUGAAUUUGCCGCAGGAGCACAAUGGUCCCAAAGUGACAGCCAUCCUGCCAGCGGAGAGGGAGAGCGCCAUGCCAUAUGUCGUAAAUCCUCGACACCACAGCGAACGGUAUGUGAGCCCACCAAGAGCUUCCAGACGCGAAAUGUUUGCAGAACCUCGGCGAGGGAUGAGGAGACCAGAGUUUUACAGCGACAGACAUCCGGAUGCCUACACAGUCUACUGAAAAACAAAAUUUCGGUGAACGAUUCAUUAGUACAAGCUGAGUUGACGAUGAGAUGCGUGGGUUGCACAUAUGCAGUGCUGCUCCUUAGUUUUGACAUUGUAGCAUGUCUUCGAAGCGGGGUGAACUGCACCAAUGCGCGUGGACUCGUACAGUCUAGACCCAAUUCUUUGUGAAAUACAAUAACUGUAAAUUUCGGUAGCGGAUCCCCUCUCUUCGGUGGGUCCUGUGGCUAAGACCGCCCACUCACUGCGAUGUCGGCGUCCAGGCUUCGACAUGCUUCGACGACGACGACGACUGUGAAGGGUCUCGAAGACGGUGAAGGGACUCGACGACGGCAUCCUUGUUUUUAUCUUAAAACACAAUUGUGAGGUCACGAAAACUCUAAAUUGGAGAAACUAAUUUGGGUGGUGGUGGUGGUGACUAUGGUUGUGACAUUUGGAGAAUUGGCUCUUAAUGAUGGUGAAGGAAGAAAAGAGUUCUUGUUUAGAA